GUGCCCCGCUGUGCGCCGCUCUCUCUACUGUUUGCAUUGUGUCUGAGCUGAACGGAGAGCCGGACCGGCGAGCCCGUCCUUCGAAUAUUAAAACCCCCCCACCGCGGCAAUGUCGGGCAGGUCGGUCCGAGCGGAGACCCGGAGCAGGGCCAAGGAUGAUAUCAAGCGAGUUAUGGCCGCGAUCGAGAAAGUACGAAAAUGGGAGAAGAAAUGGGUGACUGUGGGAGACACGUCUCUUCGUAUCUACAAAUGGGUGCCCGUGACGGAGCCCAAGUCGGAUGACAAAACCAAGAGCAAGAAGAAGGGCAAGGAUGAGAAAUACGGUUCGGAGUUGACCACUCCAGAGAACAGUUCCUCUCCCGGCAUGAUGGACAUGCACGAUGACAACAGCAACCAGAGCUCCAUCGCCGACUCGUCGCCCGUCAAACAGGAAACGAGUUGUAGCACCAGCCCAGCACCCGAGUCCACGGGGGCGUCUCACCGCGAAAACAGCGACGUCAAAACCGAGCAAAGUCCUGACGCUAAGAGGGGUAAGAGCGUGGCGUCGGCGGAAGCGUUGGAGCGUAGCGUCAAGCGAGACGCCGAUAAAGACUCCUCCGACAGCAAAGCCGCUCAGGAUGUGGACCAAGAGGCUCCGCCCACCAAGAAGUGCAAAGUGGAGUCUCAGGACUUUGAGGAGAGUUAAAGGUUCCUCGACGCCUCCCCUCCAUUAACUCUAUUAGGGCUAAUGGACUCACACAGACAUCCCCCCCCCCCCCCCCUAGUACCCAAGGGAGACUCAACACCCCUUCCCCAACUAAUCCCCCUAGUGUCCACCACGGAUGUUAGAAAUUUGAUGCCGCGCUUCCAGUCCACCAACAAGGAGCAUCCGCCGGGAUCGGGGAGGAUUCCGGGGGCUUGGGGGGGUGCCUGUAUGGUUCUGCUAGACUGAUUUUAGGAUUUCUUUCCCUCAGGAGGGUCAACGCACUGUUACGAAAAAUGGAUCACGGGAAAAAAAAUCGUGCUGCUGUUAGUGGAAGUCUCUUCUCUCUCGCCACGGUGUCCCGCUUUUUUAAUCAAAGGCGGCUUGUGGUGCCAUCUUUUUAGUUUUGCCUUAAAAAUUCACCCUGGACGAGCACCGUACGAGUUCAGUUAGCUUAGCGAAGUCAGGAAGCAAUACCCCGCUUUUUAUCGUCACGCCAGCUCAUAGGAUGAAAGGAAGCCAAUGUAUGUUACCAUCUAUUAUUUUGCCUUAAACUCUAUUCCAUAUGAAAUAAGGAUGAUGUCGUCGCACACUACAGAUUGAGUUGGUUUAGCAUUAAAUCCGGAAGCAUGUUUUUGGGGGGGUAUGGGUUAAUGCAGGAAAGCCAGAAAGAUUUGUUCUGCUCUUCCAUGCUUGAUGGCAACUUCCUGCCCUGUUUUUUUUUUUUUUUUUGUACAAAAUAACCCAGGUGACCUAAUAAGGUUAGUGCAGUCCUCACACAGUAGGCAACCAGAAAAUAGGACAAACUGAGGCCUGUUUGGCUUGAUGCGAAAUUUCCGGGCCUGCUUUUUCCAGAUGACCAUCAUCUCUACUUCUGAGAACUUUAGCUGUUUCUGACAUUACUGUUUAGUUUUUUCGUGGAUUUAUCCAGGUGACUAUCAUCCUCACACUCAAUCUCUUUAGUGUAUCUUAGUAUGACGGAAACAAUACUAACUUCCCACUAAUAUUUUGUUGUUUUCUGGUGCUGUCUAAUGGCUCUCUACUUGAACUUCCCGCCGGUAGCAGACUGGCUAGCCGGCUAGCUAGCGGGUGCGCACACAUGGUUGGAGAGAAGAGACCCGGUUCAGAGGAUGGAUUAGCAUAUACCUCAUUCCCAGUCCAGCCGUGCUGGAGUUUCCAAUGCUAUUCUCUAUGACAUUGACACGGUGUAAUUAAUUAGCAUUAAUUAAUAAGCGCGCUGACUUUUUCAACCCGUUGUAGCUUUUCACCCAUUUGAGCCCAGGAGUCGCUUCUAAGUGUGUUCACAGUGUGAAAUCUUUUACCCAUUUUUCUCCUUUUCUCUCACACCCUCUGGACCAGUUUUGUUUGUUUCACUUUAGAACUUGUACAGCUUUGGUUUGACUUAUUUAUUCCAUCAGUAGUGCUCGGUUUUUAUCGUCCAAUGGUUUUUGUUUUCUUAAUAAAAUUCUUAAAAUGGA